AUGUUCCAGAGAUUUGGCCCGGUCGCAGUACAGCCUGUCGGUUUCAGCAGACGUCGAGGAAAUCUCGCGCUGUCACCUCCAACGCGUCGCUUGGAUUCGAAUUUGCUGCUCAAAUCGCGGAUCGACGCUAAUGGAAAUUCGGAACAUUUGGUGACGUGUCAGCUGCCACUUUCGGAUAAUGAAGACAGUGAUCUCCCAAUCACGUAUGGACUUGUCAUUCACAAACUCAACGAAGUUCCUCGCAAGAGCGAAGCCGCUGAGGAGCUGAAUUCGGAAGCGAGCGAUCCUACCAUAGCUCAUAAACGAAGACCCGAUUGUGUUCGAGAUCGGCCACUUCCUCCAGAAGAAAUUGACGCGUAUAUUGAGAGGAACAAGUCAAAGGUCUAA